CAAUGAGACUGUUAUAGCCCACUCCACCACUGCAAUUUCUUGCCUCUGACUUGUAAACAAGAGUCCUCAUACCAUGCAAGGGAAGAGUAACCAAGGUCUACCCCACUGAAAGGAUAAUCCUAACCCCAUGAGCUGCUGUGGAAACUGGAUGGAGGUAUUUUGGAAAGCAUGGACUCUUUAGCACAUUUAAUUCUCUGUGGAUUCAGCCUGAUGAUUUCAGGUAAAGUGGAGGCAGCACUGGACCUGAUGUUGAUCAAUUCAGUCCCUCUAGUGGGCAACUCGGAGACAUCGCUUAUCUGUAUUGCAGACAGAUGGAGGUCCCGCGAGUCUGUCACAAUAGGGCGAGACUAUGAGGCCUUGAUGAGCCAACACCAGGACCCUCUAGAAGUUACUGAAGACGAGAAGAGAGGAACAGCCAAAAAAGUGGUGUGGAAAAGGGAACAAGCUGGUGAAACUAUCGGAGCUUACUACUGUGAAGGGAAAGUCAAAGACGAGGUGACGAGGAUACGUACAAUGAAGAUGCCACUAGGAGCUUCCUUCCUCCCAGUGGCCUUAACUAUGACAGUGAACAAGGGAGAACAUGUGAACAUUUCCUUCAUCAGAAAGAUUGCAAAGGAGGAAGAUGCAGUGAUCUACAAAAACGGUUCUUUCAUUCACGCUGUGCCCAGGCAUGAAGUGCCAAAUGUGCUAGAAGUGAUCUACUCUGAAGUCCUGCUGCAGGAUGCAGGGGUCUACUCUGCCAGAUACAUAGGAGGAAACACCUUCACCUCUGCUUAUACAAGGCUGAUAGUAAGACGCUGUGCAGCUCAGAAGUGGGGCCCGAGGUGCAGCUCCAUCUGCCCGGUGUGCAUGAACAAUGGCAUAUGUCAUGAAGAUACUGGAGAAUGCAUUUGCCCUCCAGGUUUUAUGGGGAAAACAUGCGAGAAGGCUUGCGGAGACAAUACAUUUGGCAGAACCUGCAAAGAAAGCUGUAAAGAGAACUCAGGCUGCAAAUAUUAUAUGUUCUGUCUACCAGAUCCAUAUGGCUGCUCUUGUGCUACAGGAUGGACGGGCCUGGCAUGUGAUGAAGAGUGCCAAUCUGGUUUGUAUGGACCGGACUGUAAACUCAAGUGUAAUUGCAACAAUCGGGGGAAAUGCGACAGAUUUAAGGGCUGCCUCUGUCAGUUUGGCUGGCGCGGUCUACACUGUGAAAAAGAAGGUUCAGCUGAUGUACCACCUCAGAUAAAGCACUUGCCAGACCAUGUGGAACUCAAUUCUGGCACAGAGUUUAAGCCUAUUUGUAUAGCCACCGGCAAGCCACUCCCUGUUAUUGAAGACUUUAAACUGUUGAAACAAGAUGGGACUGUCUUCAAGCCCGUCUCAUUUGUUAGCAACCGCUCAGAGGCAAAGUUUCAUAUCAAUAGAAUCCAGCCCCCUGACUCAGGAAUAUGGGUUUGCAGUGUUCAGACAGUAGCGGGGAUGGCAGAAGAGCCUUUCCAUGUUACAGUUAAAGUUCCUCCUGUGCCUCAGUAUGCUCCGAGGAUGAUAGAGGGUGGACAUAACUUUCUCACCAUCGAUAUCAAUGCUGAUUCCCAUACUGGCGAUGGACCGAUUGUGUCAACCAAGCUCCUGUAUAAGCCUGCUAAAGGUUAUCAGCCCUGGAUGUCAGUGGAAGUAAAUGGAGAGAGCAAGAAAUUAGAUAAUCUAGAACCCAAAACAGAAUAUCAGUUCUGUGUUCAGCUCAGCCGGCAAGGGGAUGGUGGAGAAGGGCAUCCUGGGCCACAGGCAAGCUUCACAACGGCUGCACUUGGUCUUCCUCCACCAGAAGGUCUCACCCUCAUUCCUGAAAGCAAGACAUCUCUGAUUUUGUCAUGGAAGAAAAUAGCACAGAAGCCAGAAGAUGACCUUCUUGUAGAAGUGGAAAGGACGAGUGUGAAUGACAACAGUGGUGUUCAGGACAAUGUUAUGACCAGUGUGCCAGGAAAUAUAUCCACUCUGGUUAUUGGUGAUUUAGAACCCAGACAGCAGUAUAGGUGCAGGGUACGUGUGAAUACCAGGUCUGACGGAGAGUGGAGUGAUUAUUUGUAUGCAUGGACCUACAGUGACAGAAUCCCACCGGCACCUGACAACAUCAAGAUUUUCAACAUCACGGACACCUCUGCCAUCAUCUCUUGGUCAACUGCUGUGGGACAGUCCAUCUCCUCCAUCAUCAUCAGAUACAAUAUGUAUGGCACUGCUGACCACACUGAAGUCACAAUAAAGAACACAACCACCACGCAGUAUCCUCUCAAGGGCCUCGAGCCAAACACUGCGUAUCUGGUUCAGAUUAGUGCACAGAACAAUAUUGGACGGAGCAACCCAAAUGCUUCUCUUGAUCUGAAGACUCUCCCAGAAACAAAAGCUCCCUAUGAAUCCAAGGGAGGGAAAAUGCUGCUGAUUGCUAUCCUUGGCUCAGCAGGGAUGACCUGCCUAACAAUCCUGCUGGCCUUUCUCAUCAUGCUGCAGCUAAAGCGAGCCAACUUCCAGCGCAGAAUGGCUCAAGCCUUCCAAAAUGUGGUGAGAGAAGAGCCAGCUGUCCAGUUUAACUCAGGAACUCUCACUCUGAGCAGGAAAGCCAAGAACAGCCCAGACCACACUAUCUAUCCAGUCCUCGAGUGGAAUGACAUCAAAUUUCAAGAUGUGAUCGGGGAGGGCAACUUUGGACAAGUCCUUAAAGCACGAAUUAAGAAGGAUGGCUUGCGAAUGGAUGCUGCCAUCAAAAGGAUGAAAGAGUAUGCCUCAAAGGAUGAUCACAGAGACUUUGCUGGAGAAUUGGAAGUUCUUUGUAAACUUGGACAUCAUCAUAAUAUCAUAAAUCUUUUGGGAGCAUGUGAACAUCGGGGGUAUCUUUACCUGGCUAUUGAAUAUGCUCCCCAUGGAAAUUUACUCGAUUUCCUGAGGAAGAGCAGAGUGCUGGAGACAGACCCAGCAUUUGCUAUUGCCAACAGCACUGCCUCCACUCUGUCCUCGCAGCAGCUUCUGCAUUUUGCAGCAGAUGUGGCCAGAGGGAUGGACUACUUAAGCCAAAAACAGUUUAUUCAUCGCGAUUUGGCAGCAAGAAACAUCUUGGUUGGAGAAAACUAUGUUGCAAAAAUAGCCGAUUUUGGAUUGUCUAGAGGUCAGGAAGUUUAUGUUAAGAAGACCAUGGGAAGGCUCCCAGUGCGAUGGAUGGCAAUUGAAUCUCUAAAUUACAGUGUGUAUACCACAAACAGCGAUGUGUGGUCAUAUGGUGUCCUAUUAUGGGAAAUAGUUAGUUUAGGUGGAACCCCAUACUGUGGAAUGACAUGUGCAGAACUCUAUGAGAAAUUGCCACAAGGGUACAGACUGGAAAAGCCUCUCAACUGUGAUGAUGAGGUGUAUGACCUAAUGCGACAGUGUUGGCGGGAGAAACCAUAUGAAAGGCCAUCAUUUGCUCAGAUCCUGGUGUCACUGAACAGAAUGUUAGAGGAACGAAAGACAUAUGUGAAUACCACGCUGUAUGAGAAGUUUACCUAUGCAGGCAUCGACUGCUCUGCUGAAGAAGCUGCUUAAGACAGAAAAAAAAUCGUCAUAUAUUAAACAAACUAAAAACUCAGUCUUCUGGGGCACAAAUGGGAUGUGCUGUGUAUAGCUCUUUGUAUAAUAUUGUUGAACUACAGCUAGCAUUGUGUAUAUCUUACAGCAAGCUCUUCCUCCAUAGACUGUAGGAGUGUAUAUACUGUUUUGAGUGGUAAUGGGCUAACGUCAUAAAUUCGAACUACAUCUCACACACAAGAGAAUCUUUUUUCAGGAAAUGUGGUGAUACUUACUUUAAGUAGCCCAUGUGGACACACUUAUUGAAAUGCAUUGUACAUUGCUACCCUAGGUAUUUUCCAAGCGUUAAUGAUCACAUAGAAUAUCUCAGUAGCUAAAUUUUAUGGUGAGUCUAACACAACACGUUUUGUGUACGUGCCAAAACAGUGCCAUGUCUCCAGAGAACAGACAAUGCUGUAGCAGUACCAGACAACACCGCUUUAGGAAAUCAGCAGUAAAAGUGAGCCCUGAAAAGAAUUUGUUGCUAGAGCUUUUGAACUAGCUGACAUCUAUGCCAUACAAGCAACUGCUGUUUGUUUUUUGUCAUUCAGUUUAAUAGACAAUUUCUUGUAUUAAAUAUCAAAGUUUAACUUGAUAAUAUAAGUAUUAGAGAGUGGUGUUAUUUUAGAAAGUCACAUGGUGUUUAUCACGAAGAGUGGACAUUCAUAAAUGUAUUACAUAUUGUAAAACACAUUUCUAAAAAGUCAGUUUGGCUACGAGUGCAGCUUUUUCAUUUUGUAUUUGAGUCUAAUAAUGCACUGACUAAUUAUAGAUCAUUAGUUAAUUAUAAACAGGCAAGGUUCACUUACUUGCUUGUGACCAAUCUAUUCCUUGUGUGCCUGCCUGUAGUUUACUGU